AUGCCCAAGCAGAUCAGCGAGAUCAAGGAGUUCCUCCUGACCGCGCGCCGGAAGGACGCGCGGUCAGUGAAGAUCAAGAAGACCCGCGGCCAGACCAAGUUCAAGGUGCGCUGCAGCAAGUACCUGUACACGCUCAGCGUGACGGACGCCGACAAGGCCGAGAAGCUCAAGCAGUCGCUGCCCCCGGGCCUGUCGGUUCAGGACCUUUGA